AUGUCCCUGAGAAGAUUAAGUCCGCUGCCCCGCCUCAGCCGUUCCCUGGCUAGGGUCACUACUACACAACCGCCCAGGGCCUUCGCCCGCCUGUACUCAUCCGCACAGGCGGUUGCGAGCACGCCUAACGAUACCCCGGAAUUUACUGCGCUAGGGCAUAAUAAUGCCCAGGGCUUAUUAGUGAAUUCGAACUGGACGACGCUGGAGGACCGGCCAUUAACUCACAACUCAGUAUACAGUCUUCUUCAAAAUUCCAUCCCAUCCAUACGCCAUCGAAGCUUGUUGUCAAAAGAAGAGUGCAGCAAGCUUGUAGGGAUUAUUCAGGACCACGGAAUUAGCACCUACAAUCAGAAAGUUGUGUUCCCCCCUCUUGGUUCUGUGGGGUUGUCACAAUUCGACCAUGACAAGGAAACAUACCUUAGUGGUGUUGAGCGAGCCAGCUCCUUACAGAAACGCUUCAGGGAAGAAGCCAAUGUGGAUGUUGUAGGUCGUGUUGCUGCCGCUCUCCAAAAGGCCACUGGCCUAGAAACGCGUGUAGCGCUUGAAGAUGGUAGACCAUACUUCGCUGGCAUGCUGCGGGUGGUUAGUAACUACAUCCAAAUUCAUUCUGACUAUGGCCCAUUUGAUGGUCCUGAUUGGGAAAUUGGAGGUGUUGUCGGCCAACUAUCAUGGAAUGUGCUUCUGAGACAAGUCCACGGCGGGGACACUAUAAUCUACGAUCGCCAGUGGAAUGGCGCAGCCGAUAACGCUGAAUUCCGCAAGAAGUUCCCCAGCUACGCAUUCCAACCCCUAACCGUACAGGGUCGGAUUCCCAAAGCCCUUGCUGCUAUUGAAGGCGACUUGACAUUUUUCAACUCUCGGAAUUUUCAUGAAGUCAAACCUUGCGACAUGAGACACGAUACGCCUGAGGAUACCAUCCGGUACACAAUGAGUUCAUUUGUGGGCCUUCUUCCCGCAUCGAACGGGAAGCCUCCGUGUCUAGUGCUUUGGUCGUAG